CACAAUCAUUUAAAAGAACAUACUCCCAUCCCGCCAGCUACCUAUCCGACUUAACUCGAGCGCAGGCGAAUGUGUUAAUUAAGCCAUUCAUUGCAAAGCCGUCCGGCCAAAGUGAGAGAGCUCGCGGGUCUCGGGAAGAGGAGGAGGAAGAGGAGGAGGGCAUUUGACCGUGGCACUCACGAGCGGUCACCUAAAUCCGGGGCGUUGGGGCUCGACGACUUCGCUUGCUGCGCCACGGCCCCCCCUGCGAGCUCCGCGGCGAUGGUGAAAGGGACGUCUCUGGUUGUGCUUCAGUACGCGAUGCUGUGCACCCUGCUGCCGCAGUGUCCAGCGCAGAAAGCGGGGCUCAGGUUCCUGAUCGGGGACGGCGAGCGCGAGGCCGAGUGUCGUCUCGAGUGCACGGCGCAGGCGCUGGCUCGCCGCGCCCUCUGCGGCUCCGACGGACGCACCUACGACAGCCGCUGCGACUUCCAGCGUGCCAAGUGCCGCGAGGCGACACUCGAGGUGGCGCACCGGGGCAGGUGCAAAGAAGUUUCACGAUGCCAGGUGGAGCGGACGAACAACCAGCAGCAGGCGCGCAAGCCGCAGGAGGGCGUCUUCGUGCCCGAGUGCAGCGAGGACGGCACCUACGCACAGGUGCAGUGUCACAGCUUCACGGGCUACUGCUGGUGCGUUACGCCGGACGGGAGGCCCGUGGGUGGCUCGUCCGUCAAAAACAAGCUGCCCAAGUGCACAGGCCCAAGCGGGGAGAAGCCGCCCCGGUCCGACCGAAACCCCAGCCGAAAAGACGACGGCUCCAAACCCACGCCCUCGCAGGAGCCACAUUUCGGCGAUGACGACGACAUAAUAAACGCUCCCACCUUGUGGAGCAAGCAGCUGUCGAGUGCACGCGAUGGACGAUCCAACGGAUCCUCUUCCAGACAUUCCGACAAGUCGCGCUCGUGCGAGGAGGAGCGUCAGUCGGUGCUGGAGGAGGACAGGCAGCACCCGCGCGAGGGUGCGUUCGUGCCGGAGUGUGCCGCCGGUGGAGGGGGGCUCUACCAGCCCGUGCAGUGCUACCAGACGACGGGAUACUGCUGGUGCGUGCUCGUCGACACGGGGCGGCCCAUCCCGGGAUCCUCCACCAGCAGGUAUCAAACCCCAAAGUGCGACCCCAACGCGAGGUCAAGAGGUGCCGUGCAAGAGGAUCCUUACGACAAGAGGGACCUCGCAGGGUGUCCCGGUGGGAAGAAAGCGCAGUUCAUCACGUCUCUGCUGGACGCGCUCAUCACCGACAUGGUCAAGGCCGUGAAGGCGGCGGAAUCCUCCCCGGGGAUAAAGAUGGAGGAACCCGACCCGAGCCAGACGCUGGAGGAGCGCGCGGUCCGCUGGUUCUUCACGCAGCUGGAUCGCAGCGGGCGCGGCGUCGUGGGCCGCAAGGAGAUGAGGCCCCUACGCCGCUUCCUCAAGAGAAGGCCCAAGCCGCAGCGGUGCGGCCGCAAGUUCAUGGAGUACUGCGACCUCAACGGCAACAAGGCGCUCUCGCUGCCCGAGCUCAAGGGAUGCCUGGGGGUCGGCCGAGAGCAGAAAGGUGCUGGUGGCAAUCAAGCGCAGCGUAAAAGCAGGCCAUCAGGAGUGAGGCAAAGUCAGAGGAGGAGAGAUUAGCCGGGUCGACUACCAUGCAAGCCGAUGGCUGACGUCGCGAGAGGCUGUGAAAAAAAGAAAAGGGAAAAAAAAAGUCGAAGGAUUUUUUUUUUUGACAUUCGGAGCGUUGUAAGUGCACUUUCGAGCAAGCGAGAGCGGUGAUGAUUAACACGCAUUAACCCACCAGUGCCUAGGGACCACCAUUGUCCAGCUUUAUGAAGCUUACCUAACAACAGACGAUAAGUAAAUUAUAUUUUAUUAAUCCGCAUAAACGAGCGUCGGUAAUUUGUAACUCAGCCUGGCAGUGGUGGUCCGAGAGGACUGCGGGUUUGUCGACUGAACGGAGGAAGGGGGGAGCGUGAACGUCGCUCCCCCGGUACGAAUCGCGACGAGCUGUCGUUAUUGUUGUUGUUGUCGUUCCUUAAAAAAAACGGAUCUCCACAUCGAUCCGUGAAGCUGGCGAAAAUUGUUUCGGUUUUGUUUACGCGACGUUUUCCCGCCCGCGACGCGCGCGUCGAGAAGCGGACAACGCAGAGCGGGACACGAAUCCCGGGACCAACACCGCCACCACCGCCGCCGCCGCCGCCGCCGCCACCACCACGUGGCCACGCGACAAUCUUGUGCCGCCCGUGUGACUCGCGCCGUCACCACCGGGUUCCUCGGCGUGCUUCGCUCUACCGUCUCGUGGGACGGUCACUUUGUCGACGGCCACGUGUUCAAGCUCUUCGGAGCUGGUGGUUUGGGCAAGGUUGAGGGCACUGGGGUGGGUGGUCGCGUGACGUGCACGCACGGCAUGAUGGGCGUCCGUGCCUUCAUGCCGUUCGUGAGCAGCAUGCCUUUGUGCAAGCGUUUUCUUAUCGUGGUGGAUUUUUUUUUUAAUAAUAAUAAUUUGCGGAAAGUGUUGGAUACAAUUGCCGUCUCUCUCUCUCUCCAUUUCACUCUCGCCCUUGAUCUUGCGGUUACAAAACCGUAAUCACCAAGUGUUUUUCUGCACCUGGUUACACGAUUGAUUUCUAUGGAACACACCUCGUGGUUGUGUUACCCCGUGUGUGCAAACGGUUUUGCCUACGAGAAUUCAAUGUUGUCAGUGGGUCAGUGGGCAGCGUCACGGUUAGCGAGACGCGCUACGAAUCCUGGCGACUCCGGCCAAGGUUCACAUGAGUGGCGAUUCGAUGAACCGGUCCCUCUGCUCAACUCGGCUUCGAAUGCGUACCAAUCGCGUUGUGUAAACGUCAGCAUUUGGGGAUAAAUGCGUGGUGCUGGCCACACCACCACCACCACCCACUGGUGCGCCGUCCAGGCCUUCGUAAGCGCUCGCUAACAGGGCAUGCUCCCAACAGCCUGUUAAAGAUUAUGGGUUGGAUAUUUGUCUUAUUUGUGUGCAAACAAGAGAAAUUUCAGUUGGGUAAGAGAGAGACGGAUAAUUUUGAAACUCCCAAGUGGCAACCCCAAUCACCGCUGGUGUAUCCCCUGUGCCAAGUUCUGCCGAUGACGAUGCUUUUGUGCGCGGAAUGCGUCCACGAGUGGAAGAUUGACCUCUGCGUUCCACACACAGAGUGUAUGUGCGACUCCAGUUACAGAAGAGACUGGAAAAAAAGACAAAAAAGAGAACAGAAUAGCUUGUCGUUAAACUGCAAAAAAAUAAUUAGAUUUGUUUGCAGUAAUUUGUUUAUAUUGCCGUGAUCUAGAAACUAGACUAGUUUUUUUCGCCAGGUUUUAGAUGACCGUAGGAAACAGGACAAGUAUUUGUACAUUCUGCAGUGUUUCGCUAACUUAAUUUCUCCGCGGAGCACGGCACUUUGGGGUAAGUAUAAGCCCCAUCUAAAAAAAACACAAACAAUAACUCGUACACACUCCUCGUAAGAAGCAACGUCAGGACUCAUUAACAAGAUACCGAUAGCAUUCGCGUCAAAAGUAAGCAUUGCCUGUAGGGAUUUUUCUUUAGUUGUGUUUUUGUUUUCAUUCGUUUUUUGUCACGCAAAAUCAGUGGCGGAUCGCGACGGCUUGGGGGAGGGAGGCCUCCAGGGGGUUAUUAACCCUUUCCCAUUCCGUCAUCGGAACGGAGUCGGAAGAGAAAAAAAAAGCUCAAAUAAAAUAACUUUAUUGGUGCAGAGGCUCCCACAAGGCCGUGUGCGGGAGGGCGCGUGGCACAGUUUGGCGCCGGCUAUCAAAGUGUAUGGUCGUGUUCGCUCCGGUUCUCUGCGGCGAGGACGACGUGUUUAAAAACAACGGCGCUCUGCUUCUCUAAAUACAAUCAACGCAGAGAGCCACUCGCGCGUUCCGAGAUUGGGCGGCGAACGGGACACCCGCAACCCUGCAACAUUCAGACGUCUCCGUACGGGAGAGGGUUAAACGAGGCUAGAGGGACCCACUUUUGAACCCCGUCCAAAAAAAUGUGGCUGUGAAAUUGCCCAGCGAAGCCAUCGCCAACAGAAGGGCUAUUUUCUGACCUGUCUCUCUCCCUGCCCACAAACUUGCCUUCACCCCGCACCUGAGACUGGUGAGAGCGUGAAAAUUUAUCACCAAAAAGAAAAAAAAUUAACCCGUAAAAACAAGUUUUUCACUAUAAAUCCUUUAUAUGCGUGGCGGCUAGAGUCCUCUCGUCCUCUGGCUUGAGAUGGCUCCCACCUAUGGGUCAGAUGAUUGUCGCCAGCAUUAAGCAAUUGGUAAUUAAAUAUUUAAAAAAAUUUCCCUAAACAGUGUAAAAUUUUGGAAAAAAAAUUUCACGAAAAUUGUCACGCACAACGAGUCUGUGUGGAAAAUGUCAGCUUGAUUGGAUCAUGGGAAGUGGGUUAAAAAACGACCGAAAGAUUUGCACGGUCGUAAGCAAGCAAGCAAGCACGCAAGCAAGCGAACUUAAUAUAAAGGAUUUAAAAAAGGGACUUGGAAGUUUACUCGAAUAGUUGAAUCCCCUCGCGUUGGUCUAUUGAAAUUCUGCACGUCCCCUGUGAGACGUAGAUCUGUGUAGCAGCAUUACAAAACAAUUCUCUCGGCACUUAGAAACAAAUCAUUCAGCUGGCAGAGACGUUUCUUUAUAAAUCAAAACGUGGAACGAACCAGACUUCGCUUUUUUAGUUUUCAACGUUAGCUACCGUAACCCACGAUCGUGCAUCGGUGUUGAGCUUACGUGCACACGAAAAACGUGGCCACGGACAUGGCUCCAUCCAGAGGGAGCUACCAGCCCCGUUCUGGGGCUUGGAGGUUUGCUUUCUGCUUUGCACAGGGUUGUUGGCAGCUGCCGAGCAUCGAUUCAUUCCAUCAAGCAACCGGUGUGGUGUCAUUCUGAAGCCUGGUCGAUUAACACACACUUGCCCUCUCGAAAAUAAACACAAUCAACCCUGUCCGUUGGUGCAUGCUCGAUGGGAACUGCUUUUUUUAAUUUAUCUAAAGCGCAGAUGGAAACUUAAGACGAUUGUAUUGCCCCCUCAGCGUCCCAGUAGCCUCACAAACGGUUGGACAAAAGUUACGCCGAUUAUACAGCCCCCUUGUGGUUCUCCUGAAUGUGAAUACUUACUCGGGACAGUGGGCAUGUGCACACUGAAAUCAUUUUUUGUCGAUCCACUGCUGGAUACCUAGCCUCCCCACACCGUGCAGGUUUGUGGGGGAUUUUUUUUAACCAUACUUCACCCCGCUGGUCAAUGUUAGUUGGCGAGGACAAGGGGCAUUGAUUUCAGACAAGUACAGUACAACAAUGGAUUUUGUUGAACAUCAUUCAGCUGCCGAGCACCACAACCUCCGAUUCGCACGGUUGGCUAUGUACGGUGUGAAAGAAGUUCAACAUACUGUUCAUACAGCCAAAAAUAACUCAUUAUGCAACGUGUUUGCUCCCUCCGAGCACAAUCACAGCUGAACUCCCAGCUUAAUUUGAGAUGCAAUGAGCUCGGAUGCAUUCCGGGCGAUUUGGUCACACGCAGAUAGUAUGAUAAAAAGUGUGCUACUUGUUGGAUUGCAGGUGAUGGGGCAAAUCAUCUGUGACUGGGUUUAGUUUUACAAUCGAUUAACCAUGAAGCAAGCUAGGUCGCAUGCAAGGGUGUUGAUGGUUUCCAGUUUUUUAAAGCCAAGGACACCAUGACACCACUCUAGCCCCAGUUUGAAAUCGAAAAAAAAUAUUUUUUAAAUGAAAUGCAAAAAAACUUAAAAAAUGUAAUAAAGGCAAGUUAAAGAGUAAUGUGUGCAAAGGGGCCGUUAUUCUUCUGUGGUAUCUUUAACCUCGGUCACUCCCAGUGGUGACCCUCCGAAUGAUCUGCUUCCAUCUCUUUCAUGCUGCAGUAAAAAUGAGUCCAAGGCCGAAAUUCCAAGAACACCAGAACAUCAGCACAAAACCUCUCCCUCAUAUACAACUUGAUGAUGAUAAACGCUAUUUAUAACGCGCACAUAUUUCGAGAAUCGAACCCAAUAUUCUAUCGAUAACUCGGCGCGUGGAGCCAGAUCUCAAAGUCCCUCGUACAUGAGCUUGAACAGGUGAGAGAGAGACUCCACCACCAGGAAAUCUGAUCGAUCAAAGCCACCCCCAUUCUGAAAUGACACGAGCACCAGCCGCCAAUGGUAUUGUAUUGGAUUUAAAAUGUGCGAAAUCGGUGCCAGAUCACUAGUAAUGUCCCCACGUAUUAGCUGAAUAUCAACUGCCGCUACCCACAUAAAACACAUUUAAGCUCUCUAACGCCUGAACAAAAAGAAACAACUAAAGUUAUGAGAUCAUUUGCACGAGCAGUUUCAAGUUGGUGGCCAGGUUGCCUAAACCAAAUCCCAGGGAGUGACUGUAAAUGAAGUGGCGGCUUCCAGUGACGGGCCACUGACAAAGUGGAACUUCCAAGCAGGGACAGCACAAAUUGCCACUUGCUAAAAGCUCUCCUGUCUGUCCUGCAGCUAUACAUCUCCUGCGAUGUGUCACUGAAUGGCAAUUGUGUUGUCGAAAUAAAACACCCUCAUAUUGCUGCACAACGUGUUUUCGCCACGCUUCGGAAAACCUUCGUCACAGAUUGAACAUUGCAGAAAUUGUACGAACCGCAUGAAAAAAUUUGAACGUUUGCCAAAUUUCGGGGUUCUGGCACAGCCAAACAUCACGGUCUAAAAGACGUGGGCUGUACAUCUCUUCGUCCCACCAUUGGACGCUGUUGUGAAACACUCGAUCUCUUUAUACAUCGGCGUGGCCUCAAAAAAAUCUUUCACAAAAACGUGCACAGACACUUUUCAGUUAUUUACUUUUUACACCCUUUCCAAAAAACCACGCACUCCCAGGGACAACAUUCUCAACCGCUAAUUGGAAGUUUGAUCCAACGGGGCACCAGACGUGGAGCCAGGACAGCAGAUAAACAGGCAAACGGCACACGGCUGCUGCCAAAUUCUCUUCUGCUGGCAGUCGCCUCGGUCUGUCGGGCGUCAGCGAACCACCAAUGGCACACGCACGGGCUGUACUUAAACUAUGAACUAUUUUUUGUAUUUGACCAGAUA